GUCUCCACCCCCUUCACCUGGCAGUGAGGAGGGACGGCGAGCGCUGCCUCCGCCUGCUGGUGGAGGGCGGAGCCAAGAUCAACGCCUCCGAGCAGAAAAGUGGAAACAGCGCCCUCCACCUGGCCGUCAGAGAAAACCUGUUCAAGGUGGCGUGCACGCUCAUCACAGAGCUGAAGGCCGACGUUAACGCCUGCACCUUUGGAGGAAACACGCCUCUCCACCUGGCGGCCGGUCUGGGCUCGCCGACGCUCUGCUCCAUGCUCAUCGCAGCAGGUGCUGAUAAGAACAUGGAGAACGACGAGCCGCUCUUUUUCAACUACUCGUCAGAAGAAGAAGACAAAGACGAGGAUGGACCAAUCACAGAACAGGAGGCCGUCGCCUCUCAGCCAAUCAACCCUCGCAAGAGACCAGCAGGACACACCCCCCUGGACCUAGCUAAAUGUCAAAGGGUAACGAGUGUAGUUUUUCUGUGUUUGCCGGGUCUCGUGGCGCUGAUGGCGUCCGCAGGGACGCCGCCGAUGUCCCUGAGACAUGGCGUCAGGCUGGUGCCUCAGCUCAGCUCCACGGUGGAGCAG